AGAAGGUGUGGCAACACCAACAGCAGCGGGUGGUUGUUCAACCACCGGCAUCAACCGCGGGUUGGGGCCAUCAGCAGGCGGCGGCUUCUCGUCCAGCCGGCGCAGCUUCGCGUCCUCGUCCUUCGACACGUUCAGCACCGUUCACGAGCAGCAACAACCGUCCUCCGAUACCGAUGCCGAGCCUUCUUGUCCUCCCAGCGGCGGCACCCGUUGCCCGUUCUUGCAACACGAACUGCAACAAGGAUCUGAAGAAGAGGCGCGGGGGGGGGAGGGCUCGCCGGGCGCCCUGCUGAUGGGAGGAGGCCGUUCGGAAGAGGCGGCGCCGACCACGAAUGGCAUCGAGUUCAGCGGGUGGAUGUCAGAGCCGGCAGCGGGGAGUUGCUCCUCCGGGUUCAGCAUCGUGGGCUUCGACGACGAUGAUGAAGGAGGCGGGGUUGGAGGAACCAGUGAUGAGGAGGAGAUGGAGGAAGAAUGGUGCCCUACCGCUAGAGUUACCGACCCCCACGGCGGCGGCGGUUUUGGCGACGCUACUACUGGUGGUGGUGGUGGCGAGUCGACCUGUCCCCCGCAACAGCAACAACAGCAGCCGCGAGAGGAAGGGCUGGAUUUUUCAUUCAGACAAAACGUGCUUUGA